CCUCCUCCGCGUUCCAUGGGGGAGGAGUCAGUUACAAGGAAACAGCGGAAGGGAAGAAGCGCGGAACCGUUCGGAGCGGCUCAGGUUCCCUGGGGGGACUUCUUAGCGGUUGAGCGACUUCCGCUUCCGGUGAAGCUCCUGGAGUAUUGGCAAAAAAGGUCACUCCGCAGAGAGGAAAGGGUGCUAGAGGAGUGUUUUUGGACUAUAGCUACAAUUGCUGCUUUUCAGAACUGGCCCAACAACAUCUGGUACUCAAGUUUGAGAACAAUUGUGUUGGAGCAUUCUGUGAAGUGCAUAAACAUGGGACAUGGACAUGAACACGGGCAUGGCAAAGUGGAGCUUCCUGAUUACAAAAUGUGGAAGAUAGAAGGUACUCCCCUAGAGGACAUCCAAGAAAGGCUGGCUCGGCGGGGUCUCAGGGAUCCAUGGCUUCGCAAUGAAGCAUGGCGAUACAUGGGUGGCUUUGCAAAACCUGUCACUAUCAUGGAUGUUCUCGGCAAAGGAUUCAAAUGGGGAUUUGCUGCCUUCGUGGUGUCUCUUGCAAUUGAAUAUGCAUUUUUCCCUCCAAAAAAGGAUAACAGUAAUGGGCAUCACUGAAGACAUUUUUUGUUUGCUCCUAAAUUAUGCUUCAGUUGUGUGUUUUGACUUUUCAUGGGAAAAUCCUAUUAAAGUUGUUCAUGAAGUA